GGAUUACGCGUCAAAGGUAUCGGGUCUCGGAAUGAAAAUGUUAAUUCAGAAAGUUAAGGAAAAGCUAUCACCGAUUUUUCCUUAUGGCGUCCUUGAAUCGUGGGACGAUCUAGAUCCAAAGCUAUACCAUGCAGUGCAUAUUUUCUGGCUCAAGUUUUACGGACUCUGGUAUAACAAUUACCCAAAGAAAAGCAUCAAAUUUUGGCUGAAUAUGAUGUACACGUUAUUGGUGCUAUGGCUAGUAUGUUUUUUUCCUGGUAUCGGAGAAGUCGUUUAUUUACUGAAGCGCCGGGAUAAUAUCGGAGACGUCGCUGAAGGAUUGUACUUGUUUUUAAGUGAAAUGUACACGUAUUUUAAAGUAUUAGUAUUUUGGUUAAAUAAGGAUAAAGUGAUUAGCCUGCAGAAGUUCUUACAUUGCAAAGAAUUUAAGCCAAAAGAACCAGAACAUAAAGAAAUCAUACGUAAAAGCAUACGAAAAGCGCGUUUCGUUAUGACUUCCUACGCUACUAUGUGUGUCGGAGCCGUUUCGGUCGGAAUAAUCCUGCCACUUACAGAGAACUUUGAUAUUUUGCCGACAAACGUGGAAUAUCCUUUUUUUGAUGUAUACAAAAAUCCUACGUAUGCCUAUUUAUAUCUACAUCACAUUUAUUACAAGCCUGCGACGUGUAUAAUCGACGGGGUUAUGGACACCAUACUGGCGGCCUUUGUCGCCUCUGCAAUCGGCCAAAUAGAAAUAUUGGCGUUUAAUCUUCGUAAUUUCGAUGUUCUUGCGGAAAGACGACGCAAAAGGGCCAUUAGUGAUAAUAAAUAUAUCGGCAAAUAUACCAAUUUAUAUUUUACAAAGCGUAUUCUCAAAGAAUGCAUAUUAUUACAUAACAGUAUUAUAAGAUACGUAUCAGUGAUAGAGAGCGCCUUUAGUCUGGCUUCCGCAUUGCAGUUCAUGCUGAGCGUCAUGGUCCUCUGUUUGAUUGGAAUUCAGUUUUUGUCGAUUGAGAAUCCAACAAGUCAUCCGAUGCAGAUGGUUUGGAUGGCAAUUUACUUGACUUGCAUGUUGAUUGAAGUUUUUAUUCUAUGCUGGUUCGGAAACGAAUUAAUUUGGAAGAGCAACGAUCUACGUCAAGCCGCUUUUGACGGUCCUUGGCGUAAUUUGAAUCGAAAAACAUGUAUGUUUAUAAUUAUUUUCAUGGAGAGAUGCAAACGUCCCAUGCGGCUUUCCGCCGGAAAGAUUUUCACAUUGUCGCUAGACACAUAUACUGUUCUUAUCAACUGGGCGUACAAAGCUUUCGCUGUUAUGAGAAACAUGAAGAAAUGAACACGCAAACAAAUUCUAAAAUAAUUUUGGAGCACCGAAUUACGGCAUAGCGAUGUUCUCUUGCACAAUGCACAAACGAAUCCAGUCCAAUUAAAUUUCAGAACACAUUAAAAUAAAAUUGGUCCAUAA